CUUUGCAAGCUUUAUUGCUUCUUUAACAAUCAUCAUGGGUUUCACCGAUCUCGCUGCCGACGCCGGCCUCUCUGUCCUCAACAGCUACCUGGCCUCCAGAAGCUACAUUGUUGGCCACACUCCCUCCCAGGCCGACGUUGUCACCUUCAAGGCCAUCAGCGCCGCCCCUGACGCUGCCAAGUACCCCAACGCUGCUCGUUGGUACAAGCACAUUGCUUCCUUCGAGUCUGAGUUCUCCGCUCUCCCUGGUGACCCCACCAAGCCUUACACCGCCUACGGCCCUGAGGCUGGUCCCGCUGCUGUGAACCCCGCCAAGGCUCCCGCCGCUGAGGAGGAGGAUGAUGUCGACCUCUUCGGCAGUGACGAGGAGGAGGAGGACCCCGAGACCGUCCGCAUCCGGAACGAGCGUCUCGAGGAGUACAAGAAGAAGAAGGCCAACAAGCCCAAGCCUGUUGCCAAGUCCGCUGUCACCUUGGACGUGAAGCCUUGGGAUGACGAGACCAAUCUUGAGGAGUUGGAGGCCAACGUCCGUGCCAUUGAGAUGGACGGUCUUCUCUGGGGUCUCUCCAAGUUCGUCACUGUCGGUUUCGGUAUCAAGAAGCUCCAGAUCAACUUGGUCGUUGAGGACGACAAGGUCUCUCUUGACGAGCUCCAGGCCCAGAUUGAGGAGGACGAGGACCACGUCCAGUCUACCGACGUUGCUGCUAUGCAGAAGAUCUAAACUGCUCAUUGCAGACUUUUCACUUCCCAUUUCCAAUCUCCUUUGAUGUUUGCCCUGGACGGGUGCUAUCACAACAUUUACAGCUCAGCUAGAGAAAAAAAUCUUAGCUAAGAAUUUGACGAAGUGAUGUUCAACCCAGCUGCAUGUGGAUGGGUUAUGAUUACCAUGAAAAUGAUAGAUUCCAACAUGUU